AUUAUUUUUAAAAAAUAUUUUAUUUCUCAUGACCCAAGUCGGGGUGAGAUACGGGGUGGCUCCGGUUCUCAUUCAUCAUGCCACGAUGUCGCAGAAGCCAUUGAAAUGAUUGCGCCUGAAAACAGCACUAGUCCAGUGGAACCUGAGAAAAAGCAUUUCACGGGCGGUGCCCCUCGAUCCGCUGAUGAGCGAUCCAGUGAGUUGCCGGAUCCCACAGUACCUGUGAGAGCUAAAGGCACAGAGCUUCUUUGUGAAGCUUUAACGAGUUCUUCCACGGACCAGCAGCCCAAAGCCGACAUGUGGCACAACUUCGCAAGAGACAUUCUUACCCUCUAUUUAAAGAACCUCAAAAAAUACAAAACUCGUGUUAGAAGCAAAGUCACCAAUCUGAAGAACCCCCCAAAAUUCUCACAACAAAUCUUGCUUUCUGGGACCAUGUCGCCAAGAGAAUUUGCCAAAACGACUGUCCUGGAAAUGGCACACGAGGACCUGAAGCAGUUGAGAGCCGCAUACACGGAAUCUCGCAUCCAGGAACACCACUUUCCCCGAGUGGUGGGGGGCACAGACAAAAUAAAAUGCAGAAGCUGUGAGAAGUUCAGUUGCAAGGUCACCGUAAUCACCAGAGGAGCACUUUUCCUUCCAGGCUGGGUGCGGAACUCAAAUCCAGACGAAGACACGAUGACCUCUGUGAUCUGUAAUGAGUGUGGGGAGCAGUGGUACCACAGCAGGUGGGUGUGCCUGUAAUUGCAAAUAAAUGUUCUCUUCACAAAAAAAAAAAAAAAAAAAAA